UCAGAUACUGAUCAGCAGUGCAUACAGAAACCUCUGUGGUUCUAAAUUCAUGACAUGGCAACAAAAAUAAUCUACUUCACAGUGAAUGGGAGACCAGAACAGGCUGAGUUCCCUGUCGACUGCCCAGCUCAGGACGUCAAGGAUCUGUUCCGUUCUGCAGCCGAGGCAGGACCCCAUGACAUUCUGAAACUGUACAACCCCAAAGGCAACAUUAUCAACAUCUCUCCGAGUCUGGAGCCCAAUAGCCCCAACUCUUGCUACAAGCUGGAGGUGGUGGCCGCCGACUGCAACAGUGACCCGUUAGGUGCAGAGCUUGCUGGUGCACUAGGAUUUGAUCUCUCAUCCAUGGAAAAAAGAUUGCAGAGCCUGGAGAAGAAAAUCCUAUUCGAGGCCGGUGAGACUCCUGCAGUUGUGUAUGAGAUGAAGAAACAAGUGGAUUCAUUCAGGGAAAAACUAGAGAGUGUGGAGCAUCUAAGCUGGUUGGGGUUGUUUAAAGAUCUUUCAGAGGGAACUCACAAGCCUUCCCCAUUCUAUCACAAAAGAACCCUGCGUAAAACCAGGGAGGAGUGUGAACAUGUACGGGAAAAGUUCCUGCAAAUGAGCUCUCUGGAGGUAUCAGAGGAAGUGAGGCAGUACUUAAAGACCCCAACCUUUGAUAACUGGCAGUGGGAGGAUGCAGAAAUCAUGGUGCUCCUGCAGGUCAUGUACACAGAUUUAGAUUUCAUAGCAACCUUCAAUAUUGAGCCUGAGGUACUGCAACAGUUCCUGUUUGAAGUCUACCGAAGAUACAACAACAUCCCUUUCCACAACUUCAAGCACUGCUUCUGUGUUACCCAGAUGAUGUAUGGUUUGAUCUGGCUGACUGACCUGAGGAGCAAGAUGGACAGUGUUGACCUGCUGAUCAUGCUGACCUCUGCAGUCUGCCACGACCUCGACCACACAGGCUACAACAAUGUUUACCAGAUAAAUGCUCGGACUGAACUUGCUCUUCGCUACAAUGACAUCUCUCCGCUGGAGAACCACCACUGUGCUGUAGCUUUUGAGAUACUUGAAAGGACAGACAGCAACAUCUUCAGAAAUCUGUCCGUGGAUCAGUACAAACGGAUAAGGGAGGGAAUCAUCAAAUGCAUUCUGGCCACUGACAUGACAAGACACAAUGAGAUUCUCAGCAAGUUCAAGUUCAUCCUGCCUGCUUUUGACUUCACCAACAAGGAUCAUAGAGAUGUGUUAAUGAUGAUCCUGAUCAAAGUGAGUGACAUAUCCAAUGAGGCACGGCCCAUGGAGGUGGCUGAACCCUGGCUGGAUUGUCUUUUGCAAGAGUUCUACAACCAGAGUGAUGUGGAGAAGCUAGAGGGUCUUCCAGUCACCCCCUUCAUGGAUCGGGACAAAGUAACUAAGCCUUCAUCUCAAACUGGUUUCAUCAGAUUUGUCCUCCUGCCUCUCUUCAUUGAGCUGGCCAACCUCUUCCCCUGCCUGGAGCACCACAUUAUCGACCCAGUGCGGAAGGCCCUGGACUACUACACUGAAAUGGAGAAAGCACUGGAGAGGGAGAAAAAGAAUUGGGCUCAGAGUGAGAAUGCAGCCAAGAGCAAGGAGGUAGCUGUUGGCAGACAGGACAGCCAGACAGAAGCUGGACCAGAGGCCUCAAAACCGGACAUACAGUGAACUAUAGUGGACAAAGAUUACACUGAUGAACUCAGCGUCGCCUAUUUGAGUAAUCUGAACAUUUGUAUAAACUACAGCUGAUUUAAAUGUACUUGAGACAUCUAAAUUUGAUCUUCAACUGUUUAUUUACUGGGUAAAGCAUAAGUACUGUAUUCCAUUUUAGAUAGUUUGUGUUGUAGGUUUAGUGUAUGCAGUAUCGAUUCAAUCAGGAAACAAUACAAUCAUUUUAACCAGUAACAUUUUACGGUCCAGUGUGUUGCAUUAAUUUUUUGGUACCAAAGUAGUUCAGAGAAAACCAUGCUAUAAUCUCCAGUGUUGAUUAUACUCAAAGAAAUAAACUGUAUGCAUUGUAUAUUGGUUUGGUGUAAAGUUAAUAAAAUACUGCAGCAGUGGUCCUUCAACUGCCUAA